CUGUACCCCAAACCAUGACAUAUUGCCAAAUUUUUAACUGAUAAGAGCUACUGAAAUUUGUAUAAAAAGCCAACUCCACAAACGGCAAAGCACAUUUCAACCAUGUACUCCAAGGUGGUGAUCGUCCUGGCUUGCGCCGCUCUGGCUCUUGGCGGAGUCCACAAACUGACUGGUCCCCAGCUCUUCAAGGCUGGCGACAAGAUCGUCGGUGGAUCUCCUGCCGCCGCGGGAGAAAUCCCCUGGCAGGUGUCUCUGCAGUACACUUCCGGAUUCCACUUCUGCGGUGGUUCCAUCAUCAGCGAAACCUACAUCUUGACCGCUGCCCACUGCUCGACUGGCCAGACCCCCAACGGAGUCCGUGUCAUUACCGGCACCCUCAGGACCGCCCAGCCCGGAGCUACCUACAACGUCGCCACUAUCAACAUCAACCCCGACUACAGCAGCAGCACCUUCACCGGUGAUAUUGCUUUGUGGGAGAUCAGGGGUCAGAUCGCUUUUGACGCUAACACCGCCGCUGUCCCUCUGGCUCAAGGCAAAGCUGCUGAUGGAACCCCCACCCUUGUCUCUGGCUGGGGCACCACCUCCGCUGGUGGAUCUGCUUCCCCUGUCCUCUUGAGGGUUGUUGUCCCCAUCUACAACCAUGCCCAGUGCGAAUCUGACUACGCUGGUUUCGGAGGAGUUCCCCAGGAUCAGAUCUGCGCUGGAGUGCCCGAGGGUGGUGUUGACUCUUGCCAGGGAGACUCUGGCGGCCCCCUGUACUUCGACGGUGUCAUCCACGGUAUUGUCUCUUGGGGCAAUGGCUGCGCCUACGCCGGCUACCCCGGAGUCUACACUGAGGUCUUCUCCUGGCUGGGCUGGAUCAACCAGGUCUCUGGAGUCUAAACCCAAAUUGUGAUCAUUUCGAAAUAAAAGAAAGCAAUAUCACAUGAAAAA